CGAUGAGAAAAUGGAAUAUUAAAAUUCCAUUUACAAGAUUUAGAUUUGGUCUUGUAUGGACUAAUAGAGUUUUUGGUUUUGCAGCAAGUGCAGUUAUUGGUACUGUUACAAGUCUUUUAACUGAUGCAAUAUUUGAUGCUAUUACUGAUGUGAUUAUAGAUGAAAUUCAAGGAUUUUUAAAUGGUUUAGAAUAUAUUCGAAAGAAAAAAUAUACAAAAGAAGAACUAAAAGAAAUGAUUGAAUUAUUAAAACAAAGAUGUAAUGAAAAAAUUUAUGAGAUUGAUUAUGAGAAAGCAUUAAAGGUACUUGAAGAAAGAGAUGAACAACGAG